CUAGAGACUAGAGGCUGCGUCGCUUGUCCGCAGAUUUGAGGGGCGGCUUCAUAAUCGUAUCUAGCCCGCACGCAGAGCUCCGAGUCCGGGCUGGAAGCUUCCACGAGCCCGCAACAACACAACACGACCAGCGAGGAGGGGAUGGAGAUAGACUGCCAGCCCGAGGAGUCCAUCGUCUCUUCAUUUGAUGAGGACUGUGUUGUGCUCGGUGACGUCAAGGACAUGAGAUUGGAGGCAGAAGCAGUCGUCAAUGACGUACUUUUUGCCGUCUCUGAAAUGCAUGUGUCACAAAGUCUCAACAGUGCGUCAGACGUGGCCUACAUAAAUGUGGAAACGAGAGAGGGAAACCGGUAUUGUCUGGAGCUCACAGAGGCAGGACUGAGGGUGGUGGGCUAUGCCUUCGAUCAAGUCAACGAGGAUUUGAGUACCCAGUAUCAUGAGACUGUUUACUCACUUCUGGACACACUGAGUCCAGGUUACAGAGAAGCGUUUGGGAACGCUUUGCUCCAGCGGCUGGAGAGACUGAAGCAAAACGGACAAUAAAAACGUGUGCAAAACAUGUGUACAGUCGUGGCCAAAGGUUUUGAGAAUGACACAAAUAUUAAUUUUGACAAAGUCUGCUGCUUCAGUUUUUAUGAUGGCAAUUUGCAUAUACUCCAGAAUGUUAUGAAGAGUGAUCAGAUGAAUUGCAAUUAAUUUCAAAGUCCCUCUUUACCAUGAAAAUGAACUUAAUCCCAAA